UCUCUCUGACAGAUCUGUGAUGUAGCCAACCACGAGGUGAAGUGUAUUUUUCUUCCUGUAAGUGGGUGUGUGCUACCUGUGUGAAUGGGCGAAUUCGAUAGGAGGAAGUUAGCAGGUUGGAGAGAAAUAAUGUUCGCUAGUCAGGAUUUUUAUAGGCAUUUAUAAUGCCUAUAUUGAGUAUUUGUGUUAACCGUUUGUAAAAUGCAAAGGAGCACGUCCAUACGGUGUAUAUUAGUCUUAAUACUUCAGUAUAAGUGGAUACACAUCUACCGUGUCUCAAACGAUGGCGCUCGCCAAGAAUACCAUUGAAAAACAAUGAUAAGUUAGCCAGCUUGCCAACAUCUACAGCGGUGGAAAAAGAAAAACCUAAGCAGUCUUCUCGGCGGCAUGCAGUGGAGAGGAUGAAGAGAGCUGAAACCAAGGGAUGUGCAAAAAUGAAGAGAGACCCCCAGUCACCCUCAAUGGAAGUGCCACUAUAGGGACGGUGGAAAGGGGGAGUUGCAUGUAAGCAGUGUUCAGCUGCAGCCUUAUAGGAAGCUUUGCGGCCUUGGCGUGACUGAUCUGAAGGGCAUCAUGGGCUCUCAGGCGCUUCAGAUACUUCGUCAGGGUGUGUGGGCUUCACUGACUGGAGGCUGGUAUGUGGAUCCCCAUCAAAGCACCUUCUCCAACUGCUUCCACCUCUACCUCUGGAUAUUCCUCCUGGCCUUCCCCUUCUUAUUGUACAUGGCUCUGCCACCAAGUUUAGUGGUUGCAGCUGUGUACUGUGCAGUGGUGGCAGCCUUUUUCACUGCCAUAAAGAUCGUGAACUUUCGCCUCCAUGCCAUGUUUGACCUGGGAGAGAUUGUGGAGAAGAGGCAGGCCUCACUCACCCCAGACAACCAGAGAGUGGAGGAGGGGGAGGAUGGCUCGGGAGGACAUGAGGGAAACCAACGCAGGGACAGCACUGUUGGCGUAGAGAUGACUGUGUUCCGGAAGGUCAAUUCAACCCCUCCUGUUCGCUGCAGUUCCCAGCACUCUUUGUUUGGACUUAACCAAGUGUCGGAUUUUUUGCCUCAUCUUGAUGACACAGCGGGAUCAAAAGAUAUCAAGGAGCUCAUGCGAGAGCAGGGUAGUAAUAAUGUGAUCCUGACAUCUGCACACCGAGAGGACCUACGCCACAGCUCCCAGGACACUAUCCGGGCUGGCAGUGUUGUUCAGUCGUGCCUGGCUGCAGCUUCAGGCCUAAUGGCAGACUUCCCAGGCCUGAUCGGGGUCGGGGGAGUCAUGUCUGGUGGAUUUAGCAGCCUACACCCGAAUGGGUGCCCCUCCAUCCCUCCUUCCCCCUCCAGCCAGGGAGAUGGAGACGACAAGGAGCCGGUGGAGGAGGACGGAGGGCUGGAGGAUCAGCCUCUGGAGGAGCUAUCUCAGCACAGUCCCGAAGGGGACCGGAUGGGCGGCUACUCUCCGCUGGGGCCCUCUGCUGAAUCCGAGAGCCUGGGGGACGCGCCUCUCAGCCCGCUCAUUAAGAGCAGCCUGAGCGAGGAGCUGAGCCAGAACCUGCUGGGCCUUGGCCUCGACCCCGUGACCUUUGCGCGUGGCAAAGAGCAUGCGGGCAGCCGCAGCGGCAUUGCCAUAGCUGCCGGCUCCACCGACAGCUGCUUCAGUGGAGGAGGGGCCACCACGGACCGUGAGACCCUCAGCACAGUCAGCAGCUACCGCAGCGAAAAGACAGACUCCACCCAGCUGGAGAGCCCCUCCCUGGGGAAGCCAUACCCGUCACUUCCUGGAGCGGCGUCCUCCACUGGCGCAGGUCAGGGUGGCCGUGCUGCCGUCGGCCCACUGGUAGACACCCCGCUGCAUGGCGGUAGUGACACCGACGACCUGUCGGACAGCGAGCUGCUCCAGUCGCCCUCCAAAGAGGUCUCGGUCGGGCAGGGCCUAGACAGAACUCUGGUGGAGGGGGAGGACUUGCCCCCUCUGCCCACUGACAUUGCACAGUCCCCACACCUCCCCGACUCCUCGCCCUCCAGCAGCGGGCACUCGGGCAUCUGCGACGUGGACAGAUCCGUGCCCGUCCCCCCCUUACCCCCGCCACGGCAGGCCAGCUCGGUGCCCUCCGGGCUGGCUCUGGGGCUGGGGUGCUCGGAGCCCACCCUGCCCAUCGCGUCUCCCCCCUUCCUGCUGUUGGAGCAGCAAUCCCUGCAGGUGCAGCAGCAGGUGGUGCGGCCAAAGGACCUGAAGCUGCUGCGCUCCAGCGGCGGGACCAGCAGCUUGGGCCAUCGCCCCGGCCGCCGGAAAGCACCCCGCAAGCGCGGCACGGCGGGCAGCAGCAGCUUCGACUGUGGCUCCUACCGACGGCACCACAGCCUAGGGCAGCAUAGAGACUACAUUCCCGUGCGGAGCCGGCUCGGGGCCACAGCGGGGGCCACAGCGAGAGCCUACAGCGAGAGCCUGUUUGAGGACUCGAGUGACGAGGACGACGCCAGUGACAUGAGCGGCGGAUCCAGCCUCGGCUCGCAGCGUCACUACAGCUCGGAUGACGACGACGACGACGAUGACGACUCGAGCUCCUCUACCUCCUGCUACUCGCCAGACCUGGCCAACGUCGGUGCCGCCUCAACCCCCAACUCUGCCAAUCAGCUGCCCAGCUCCCGGGAGGGGGAGGGCUCGGACGUGGCGGGCCCCUCUCACUCGCGGAGUGCCCAGAGAUCGUCCAGCACAGCCAGUGCCAAGACCCACGCCAGGGUGCUCAGUAUGGACGGAGGUGGCGGCAGCCACACCAACGUCGGCUCCCUGACCUCCACGCUGAUGCCUUUACCCCCCACAGCCUCGGCUCCCGCGCCGCGGCCCCUCACCAUCUCCAAAUCGGACCUGGAGGCCCGGGCAAACAACUCGGACGGCUUCACUAGGGUUCACCACCGCCUGGACUCGUUGGGGGGCUCCUGGGCAGGGAACCAGACCGGCUGGAGGGCUGGUGAGCUGGCUGAGGAAGGAGCUGUUGGAGGAGCACUGGGCCCGGAGGAAGGCGGUAAAAGGGACUCGGUCAGCAGCGUGAAGAGGACCCAGGCUAUCCGCCGGCGCCACAACGCGGGGAGCAAUCCCACCCCUCCCCCCUCAGCAAUGGGUUCCCCUCCCAGUUUGCAGGACCUCCAGCGCGCUCGCACUUCCUCCCAUUCCCGCACGCGCACCCUCCCCUCUGCCUUGCAGUUCGCCUCCUCUCUGCUCCUGCCCCGCACCGGCGUCCAUGAGGCGUCCACCUUCGACGACACAUCAGAGGGGGCUGUGCACUACUUCUAUGAUGAGAGUGGAGUGAAGAGGUCGUAUACAUUUGGGCCAGGUGGAGGUGGUUAUGAGGACCCCGUCCAGGAACGCGAACGCCAGUCCCAGUCCUCCAGCUUCACCUCCACAGACGUCCAGGAGGUGGUGCCGAUGCUGACCAUGCUCCAGCCCAGGCCUGUGGUGCUGCAGGGCAUGCAGGGGAUGCAGGUGCGCAGGGUGCCGCUGGAGAUGCCUGAGUUUGAAAUGGAUCACGAGUCCCUUCACGAAUCUCAGGAAAACACACUGAUGAUUGAGGAGAAGGCCAAACCCAAACAGUACUACCGCUUCUGGGUGUUACCAGGGAAGUGGCUCCGGGUGCGCUACGACAGACUGGCCCUCCUGGCCUUACUCGACAGGAACCGUCGUGUUGGGGAGAAUGUGUUUGCAGUGGUGCUUGCCUGCCUGGUCGCCUUCCUAGGGUUCCUGCUGCUUCUUCAGGGCUUUUUCAGGGACAUCUGGGUCUUCCAGUUCUGCCUCGUCAUUGCCAGCUGCCAAUACUCCUUACUAAAGAGUGUUCAGCCAGAUGCAGCAUCCCCAAUGCAUGGCCAUAACUGGAUCAUUGUGUACAGUCGACCAGCGUACUUCUGCCUGUGCUGUAUGCUGAUCUUUGUCUUUGACCUGGGUGGUCGGUCUGGUCGACUGCUGCCUUUCUCCCUUUACGGGGUCACCUUCUUCUCAGCGCAGUUCCUGCUGUGCGCCAGAGAUGUCCUCAUAGUGUUCACCCUCUCUUUCCCCGUCAUCUUCCUCUUUGGGCUUCUACCUCAGGUCAACACCUUCCUCAUGUGUCUGCUUGAACAAGUGGAUAUGCACAUAUUUGGGGGAACAGCCACCACGAGCCCUCUGUCGUCCGUUUACAGCCUGAUACGCAGUGUGCUGGUGGCCGCUCUGCUGUACGGCUUUUGCUUGGGCGCCAUUAAUGUCACCUGGGAGGAUCAGCAUGUACCGGUCCUGUUUUCAGUGUUCUGUGGGCUGCUCUUGGCCCUGUCGUACCACCUGAGCCGCCAGAGCAGCGACCCCACCAUCCUCUGGUCUCUUGUCCGCUCCAAGUUCUUCCCAGAGCUGGAGAGCCGGACGCCUGAGGAUCCUCCUGUAGAGAUUAAAGAUCCCCUCCCUGAGAAACUGCGCAACUCUGUGAAAGAGAUUCUCCACUCGGACCUGGUGAUGUGUCCUCUCAUGGCCAUCAUCACCUUUGCCAUCAGUGCCAGCACUGUCUUCAUCGCCCUGCAGCCUGCUCUUAGUUUUGUCCUGUACAUCCUGGCCGGGGUGGUGGGCUUCCUCACCCACUACCUGAUGCCCCAGCUCCGCAAGCAGCUGCCCUGGUUCUGCCUGGCCCAUCCAGUGCUGCGCUCGCGAGAGUACAGCCAGUUCGAGGUCCGCGAUGCGGCUCAGCUGAUGUGGUUUGAGAAGCUGUAUGCCUGGCUGCAGUGUGUGGAGAAGUACUUCAUCUACCCUGCAGUGGUGCUCAACUCCUUGACCACCGAGGCCCAUGCUGUGGGACGCAGCUCAGACAAGACCAUAACCUAUGGCCGCGCUCUCUUCAUCUCUCUGGCCGGCAUGAAGCUGCUGCGCUCGUCCUUCUGCGCGCCGUCUCUGCAGUACGUCACCCUGUGCUUCACCGCCCUCUUCUUCCGCUUCGACUACCCUCACUUCUCCGAGUCCUUCCUGCUCGACUACUAUUUCAUGUCCGUCCUCUUCAGCAAGUUGUGGGACCUGCUGUAUAAGCUGCGGUUUGUGCUGACCUACAUCGCCCCCUGGCAGAUCACCUGGGGCUCUGCCUUCCACGCUUUCGCUCAGCCCUUCGCUGUGCCUCAUUCGGCCAUGUUGUUUGUUCAGGCUGUGUUCUCUGCCCUCUUCUCCACGCCACUCAACCCUGUUCUGGGUAGCGCAGUCUUCGUCACCUCCUACACCCGUCCUGUCAAAUUCUGGGAGCGAGACUACAACACCAAACGCGUGGAUCACUCCAACACACGGCUAGCCACCCAGCUGGACCGCAAUCCUGGUGCCGAUGACAAUAACCUAAACUCCAUCUUCUACGAGCACCUGACGCGCUCGCUGCAGCACUCCCUGUGUGGGGACCUGCUGCUGGGCCGCUGGGGCAACUACACCACCGGGGACUGCUUCAUCCUGGCCUCCGACUACCUCAACGCCCUGGUGCACCUCAUCGAGAUUGGCAACGGCCUCGUCACCUUCCAGCUCAGGGGCUUGGAGUUCAGGGGUACAUAUUGCCAGCAGCGGGAGGUGGAGGCCAUCACGGAGGGCGUGGAGGAGGACGAGGGCUGCUGCUGCUGUGAGCCGGGCCACCUGCCCCACAUGCUGUCCUUCAACGCCGCCUUCGGCCAGCGCUGGCUGGCCUGGGAGGUGGCCGCCACCAAGUAUGUGCUGGAGGGCUACAGCAUCAGCGACAACAACGCAGCCUCCAUGCUGCAGGUGUUCGACCUGCGCAAGAUCCUCAUCACCUACUACGUGAAGAGUAUCAUCUACUACGUGAGCCGCUCUCCCAAGCUGGAGGAGUGGCUGUCCACCGAGGCGGUUCAGGAGGCGCUGCGUCCCUGCCUCAGCCCGUCCUACGUGGACAGUGACCCCACCUUCAACCUGAACAUAGACGAGGACUACGACCACAGGGAGUCGGGCAUCACCCCCACCUCAUUCUGCAUGGUGUACCUGGACUGGAUCCAGUACUGCAACAGCCGCAGGCCGACGCCCGUUGAGAGUGAGAGAGACUCCCCUCUGGUCACGCUGUGUUUUGGCCUGUGUAUACUGGGACGCAGGGCGUUGGGAACCGCCUCUCACAGCAUGUCAGCCAGCCUCGAGCCCUUCCUGUAUGGCCUCCACGCGCUGUUCAAGGGGGACUUCCGCAUCACCUCCCCCAGGGACGAGUGGGUGUUUGCGGACAUGGACCUGCUCAACAGGGUCGUGGCACCGGGAGUGCGCAUGUCUCUAAAGCUCCAUCAGGAUCACUUCACGUCGCCGGAUGAGUACGAGGACCCGGUGGUGCUGUACGACGCCAUCACCGCCAACGAGGAGAAGAUGCUGAUCUCGCACGAGGGCGACCCCGUGUGGCGAAGCGCCAUCCUGGCCAACAUGUCCUCGCUGCUGGCGCUGCGUCACGUCAUGGACGACGGCAGCGACGAGUACAAGAUCAUCAUGCUCAACAAGCGAUUCCUGAGCUUCAGGGUCAUAAAGGUGAACAGGGAGUGUGUGCGUGGGCUGUGGGCAGGGCAGCAGCAGGAGCUGGUCUUCCUGCGCAACCGCAACCCUGAGCGCGGCAGCAUCCAGAACGCCAAGCAGGCCCUGCGCAACAUGAUCAACUCGUCGUGCGACCAGCCCAUCGGCUACCCCAUCUACGUGUCGCCGCUCACCACCUCCUACGCCGGCGGGCACACCCAGCUGCACUCCGUCUGGGGCGGACCCGUCAGCCCCCACAACAUCUACACCUGGUUCAUCAGCAGCUGGGACAAGUUGCAGAAAGGAUGCGGGGCGGGCUGCAACAGCGGCGGGAACAUCGAAGACUCCGACUGCGGCGGCGGCUCCUCCUCCAUCACCAACAACAACCCUGCAGGGCACCCUCCCCAGAGCAACGCCUCCACCCUGCCCCUGCCCCACCCCCACCCCCACCCACACCUCACCACCGUACAGCCCCCUAUGGGGACCGACAACCCAGUGGGCCCCACGUGGCCUCACCACCAUCACCACCACCACCAUCAGCCCCUCCCGCUGGCGUUGCUCAGCCAAUCGGAGGGCAGGAUGGACGCCGGGCUGGUCUCCUCGCUCCACCGCACCUCCUCCAUCCAGGGCCUGCUGGGCCAGCACCUGUCCAGCUCCCAGCUGUCCUUCAGCAGCUCCGUGGUGCUGCCCCCGGCCGAGCGCUUCUGCCCCGGCAGCCUGCAGGACAACCUGGGCCUGCGGUCGGGCGCCAGGCCAGGGCUGGCCCUGGGGCUGAGCUUGGGCCAGGGCAGCGGGCUGCCCUACGAGGGGCCCUACGGGAAGUGGAGUCUGUCUGGGAAGAGGGGCUUCAACGGGCCGGCUGCAGCCGACGGAGACGGGGUAGUCCAGCAGAGCGUACGGACACAGGUGUGCAGCACGCCUAUUCCUCUAGGCCACCCACUUGACUCCAGCCCCACCAUGGACCCUAUGGGGGUGGGCACCCCCUCUGAAAGCACCCCCCUCACCUCCGACGCCCCCGCCUCCCAGGAGGAGUCAACAGAGCUGCCUUUGCUGGAGCACCUGCGCUGAGCCUGGGGCCCUACGGUGGCCCAGCAGACCCUAACAGCCUUGUGCUUUUUUUUGCCUUUGCAAUACUGGAUCUGCCUGCAGGAUGGUGCACCUGGCUACUCAGGUGGAGGACCGGGAGAGAGGGGUGUGGGAAGCCCUCACCUGAGCUCCUGGGACUGAUGCAGUUCAGCAGGUCUUCACUGUCGGAGGGGGAGGGGGGUCCAGUCCAGUCCAAAGCAGUCUGGUGUGCAGUGUGAUUCUCCAGGCCUCUUGCGUUGACCAUGAUCACAGGCCAACAAGCCAGUGCAGUCUUGUUUGUUUGCCUGUGUUUUUGAAGUUUUUUUUUUUUUUUUUUUUGGAUUGAAAUGGUGAUGCAGAUUUGAAAAGGCUUCACCAAAAAUGGGGUUUGGGGACUCGCCUAACACCUGUUCCAAUGCAACACUGAAAUGAAAUGGGGAGGGAACUCUGGACUCUGGGGGGUGGGGGGCUGCCAGGUGAACUGAUCUGAGACCAGGGCAAGAACAUAGCCGAGGAAGCUCUCGUUGUCUCUCCCUUACAAGUGUUAAGCAAGGCUUUAUCAUUUCCAAACUAAGGAGAAUUAUCAGGUUAUUGACCUCAUCUGUCUGCCCUGGCAGUUCAGAGAGAAGCUAGUCAAGCUGGCCACUUGACCCCCCAGUUUAGCGAUUAGAUGAGCAAAGCACCAAAGGACCCGUGCAACUCGUCUCCCUCCAGCCCCAACCCGUCUCCUCAGAAGACCCAUCCCACAUGAAGAUCACCUAGACAAGACUACCGCCCACACUUCAUCUUCAUCAUCAGUGGCGGUGUCAAUACAUUUCAGGGACAAAAAUACACACACACACACACACCAUGCUCCCCAUGUAGACAGCCACAAACACAGCCUUUCCCAGCGGAGGUGCUUUAACCUAUAUAGUUUACAGCCUUCUCAGGCAGAGGCACCCAGGUACACACACACACACACACACACACACACACAGUCAAAUGAGGAGAAUCAGUGUGAACUGCUGCUCUGUUGGGGGCCAGAAAGGAGGAGGAAGAGG